UUUAACACAAUAACAACACCUUUACGGUUGUUAUUCUUCCAUAUAACAUUUUAAAAGUCACAUUUAUGUCCAUAAAUAAUUCACAACUCACCGGUUUGUAUUUUUAGCGGCUCUCGUUAAACUAAAAAGAAGAAGCGGAACAUUACAUCCCGUUCAGUGUCGGUUGCUCGGGGGAAUGUUUUGAUGGUGACACCAGCGGGUGAACGUUUUGAAGGGGAACAUGGCAGCCGGUUUCGGGGCUAAACGUGGAGUGUUAAGCGGUAACACGUCGCUGUGUCGCGGGCUUCUCGGGGAGAUCGGACCCGGCGUCCGGCGGGCGGCGAGCGGCGCGACCGCCGAGUCCCAGAAGGUCUGCAUGGAGCUAGUCAGGUCCAGAGACUAUGACGGCUACGUGUCCUCCCUCCUCCUGCCAGAGGAGGCCCGGCGCUCCUCUCUGGCCCUGAGGGCCUUCAAUGUGGAGCUGGCACAGGUGAAGGACUCCGUUUCCCAGAAGACCAUCGGCUUGAUGCGGAUGCAGUUCUGGAAGACGGCCGUCGAAGAAGUCUUCAGAGACGAGCCCCCGAGCCAGCCGGUCAGCACCGAGCUGUGGAGGGCAGUGAGGAAACAUCACCUGACCAAGAGAUGGCUGCUGAGGAUCAUAACAGAGAGAGAGAAGGAUCUGGAUGACCGGGCCUACAGGAACCUGCAGGAGCUGGAGACGUACUCGGAGAACACGCAGUCCUCGUUGGUCUACCUGCUGCUGGAGUGUCUAGGUGAGUCUCACCAGUCCUCGUUGGUCUACCUGCUGCUGGAGUGUCUAGGUGAGUCUCACCUGUCCUCGUUGGUCUACCUGCUGCUGGAGUGUCUAGGUGAGUCUCACCUGUCCUCGUUGGUCUACCUGCUGCUGGAGUGUCUAGGUGAGUCUCACCUGUCCUCGUUGGUCUACCUGCUGCUGGAGUGUCUAGGUGAGUCUCACCAGUCCUCGUUGGUCUACCUGCUGCUGGAGUGUCUAGGUGAGUCUCACCUGUCCUCGUUGGUCUACCUGCUGCUGGAGUGUCUAGGCUUGAGGAACGUCCACGCCGACCACGCGGCGAGCCACAUCGGUAAAGCUCAGGGCAUCGUGACGUGUCUCAGAGCGACGCCGUACCACAGCAGCCGGAGGAAGGUCUACCUGCCCAUGGACGUGUGCAUGCUGCACGGCGCUUCUCAAGAGGACUUCAUCCGAGGCAGCCGAGAGCAGAAGGUCCGGGACGUCGUGUACGACAUCGCCAGCCAGGCGCACGUCCACCUGCAGCACGCGCGGUCGUUUAGCAGCAACGUCCCAACAGCUGCCAACGUGGCCUUCCUCCAGACAGUGGUGUUGGAGGACUACCUGCAGCGCGUGAGGAGGGCAGAUUUUGAUGUUUUCCACCCGAGUCUGAAGAACAGAAACCCCCUCGUGCCCUUCCAGCUGUACCUCCGCUCCUGGAAGAAGACCUACUGACAUCCUCCUCCUCUUCCUCUUCCUCCUCCUGCUCCUCCUCUUCCUCCUCCUGCUCUUCCUCCUCCUGCUCCUCCUCUUCCUCUUCCU